UUAAUAUUGUAAGUGGUGCAUGUUGCGUAAUUAAACUGCAAAUCAAUUACACAAUUCCCCCAAUCUCGUUUACCAUAGACGUCACAUCCCUUUCACACAACAACAACAACUCGUUAGCCUUCUUAUUAUAGCUCAGUGUAGCUAGCGCACAUAUUUGGCAGACGGCUGGCUAGUUUGCUCAACUUGUUUAAUUAAAGUGAUGUCAGUAGCUAGCUACCUAGCUAGUCGUUUGGCUGACCAUUUUACAUUAUGUACAGGUAGUUCACCCCGUAGCUACACCAUCCACUAGCGGUUUGCGUUCUGUCAGCCACCGAAUUAGACAUAAUUUUUACGUAGUGUAUUGCUGCUGUCCACGUUGGAUACAUUUCGUAAUUCCAGAGUGACUUUGACGAGCUGGCUCGGCUAACGCAAAGAGCAUCUCGCCUCUACCUCUCUGGCUGUUAGACUAGUGGCAAGAGAGUUUCCAUCGUGACAAUCGCAGCUGCUUGUUGUGUGCAAGCUGCUAACAUAAUUAAUUUAGCGGUACGGUAGCGUUGUUGGAGCAAGAAAUUAAAUAGAGGAACCAGAUUUUCUUUGUACUUCCUAUUUGCUCCUUGCCAAACUGAUCUGUAUAUUUUUUUUCAUGAGUAAAUAAACAGACUCACCGAUUUAAUUUACAUUUUUAUCUCUGCAAGGAUGUCUAAACGAUUAAGGAAUAGUGAGCUAUGCGCGGAUUGCAGUGUGCCAGAGCCUCGUUGGGCUUCUGUGAACAGGGGCGUGUUGAUCUGCGACGAGUGCUGUAGUGUUCAUCGGAGUCUGGGCAGACACAGCUCCCAAGUGCGUCACCUGACUCACACACCAUGGGCUCCUACACAGUUACAGAUGGUUCAGAUGUUAUACAACAACAGUGCAAAUUCGAUAUGGGAACACUCUCUACUGGACCCAGCAUCUGUGAUGAGUGGGAAACGCAAGGCCAACCCUCAGGACAAAGUACACCCAAAUAAGACAGAGUUCAUAAAGGCCAAAUACCAAAUGCUGGCUUUUGUCCACCGGAUGCCUUGUCGAGAUGACGACAGCUUCACUGCCAAGGACUUAAGCAAGCAACUUCACUCCAGUGUCCGAACUGGUAACCUGGAGACAUGUCUGAGGUUACUCUCUCUGGGAGCCCAGGCCAACUUCUUUCACCCAGAAAAAGGGAAUACGCCGCUGCAUGUGGCUGCCAAGGCAGGCCAGCUGUUUCAGGCCGAGCUGCUGACAGUCUACGGGGCCGACCCCGGCGCCCCCGACACCAGCGCCAAGACUCCCAUUGACUAUGCAAGGCAAGCUGGCUACCAUGACCUGGCUGAUAGGCUGGUGGAGAUUCAGUAUGAACUUACCGACAGACUGGCUUUCUAUCUCUGUGGAAGAAAGCCUGAUCAUAAAAAUGGACAACACUUCAUCGUCCCACAGAUGGCCGACAGCAGUUUAGAUUUAUCAGAACUGGCAAAGGCAGCCAAGAAGAAACUCCAGUCUCUCAGUAAUCAUUUGUUUGAGGAGCUGGCAAUGGACGUGUAUGACGAGGUGGACAGACGGGAGACGGAUGCAGUAUGGCUGGCGACACAGAACCACAGCACGCUGGUGACAGACACCACCGUGGUGCCUUUCCUUCCUGUGAACCCAGAGUACUCAUCAACACGAAACCAGGGACGGCAAAAACUUGCGAGAUUCAAUGCACAUGAAUUUGCAACACUUGUCAUCGACAUAUUAAGUGACGCGAAGCGUCGACAGCUGGGAAACUCUACGAUGAGUCCCAAAGAAAACGUUGAACUUAUCCUAAAAAGCGUGAGCAUCCGGCGCGGCAGUGAGGGUCUGGACAAUGACCAGCCGGACUACGACAGUGUGGCCUCUGACGAGGACACUGAUCAGGAGCCACCCUCGGGCAAGGACCGGACCAAGAGUCUGGACUCGGACCUGUCAGACGGACCUGUCACGGUGCAGGAGUUCCUGGAGGUGAAGCACGCCCUCUCUGCCUCGGAGGCCAAGAUCAAGCAGCUGAUGAAGGUCAACAGCAACUUAAGUGGCGAACUGCGACUGAUGCAGAAAAAGCUGCAUUCUCUGCAAAGCGAGAACACGUCUCUCAGGCGACAGGGCCCAACCACCCAUAUCUAUCAGGUCCCCAUCAGCAGUGGGUCAGAGUACACUGACCCUCCUUCCUCCAGCCCCUCGGCCAUGAAGCGCCGGCAGUCAGCGCGGGCCAGCCGGCCCAUGUCCAUGUCUAUUUAUGAGACUGGCUCGGGCCUGAAGCCCUACCUCCCCAAGGGGGAGACCCCCUACCCAGAGGAGGGUAUCCCCACCCUGCAACCCUACCUCCCACCUCAUCACAUGGCCGUUGCCCAGUAAACGUCAUCCAGCAUGCCCUCCCUCGCCUCUAGUAACAUCUAAACUCACCGGUUAUCCAGGAGUCUGUUCCGCACCAAGAGGUGGGACCUGUUCAGAAGCAAACAGCCCUUAGCCCUUAGCCCCUACCCCCUAGACACUUGUGGAGAUCUGGUGAAGGUUUAAGCAAUAUGUUAACAAUUCUAUCUAACCUAUCAGUGGGCAAGGGGAAGCUCUCAGAUCUCCACAAGUACAUAAGGGCUAGGGGUUAUUUCUGGACAGGGCCUUUGACUGACCAAUGUGCAAAACGUCAAACCCAGUGGUAAAGAAAUUGACAAAACACUUGUACAAGCUAACCCCACGUUCAGCAGUUUGCUGUAUUGUGUUUGUGUGGGCUAUGGCAUCUUGCCCUGCAGACAGGAAGAGGAUGUUUUGAGCGGGUCUGUUGGGCUAGGCUGGAAAGGGUAUGUAACUAUUGUAUGUGGCCUGUGUCCCCCUUUGGGUGUUUGUCUCUGCUCUUUUCUUUGAAACUCACUGCUUCUACAGUUUCUCUUCUCUGCUGAAAGAGCGAGGACAGUGCAGGGUCAGUACUGUGCGCCCAAGCUUCCAAUCUGAUACUAGAGUAAAGCUAUUAUCCACCAGUCUUGUGACGCAGCACACAAUGCUUAUAGGCUGGAAGGAGCACGUAGUAUAGAGUAUUGAGAACAGUUGACUUUAAAUGGUCAGAUACAUUUGUCAACCAGUACCUCCAUCAGCAUUGGCUCAGUCGAUGACGCAGUGCUCCCCCCCCCCCCCUAGACUUGUGCAGCUUUUAAGCUUUUGACCCAAAUUAAUCAGAACCUUGAUUCCAUGAUGUCAUGAAAGUUAUGACUCUGAAUAAAAGUCUUGGAUCGGAGCUCUGGAAAAGAAUGGAUCAUGGUUCUGAUGUAAUUCAUUGGAGGUUGUUUGUCUGAUAGAUAUCCAGUCAUUCUCUGACUUCAUCUGUCUUGGAGUGUGCAUUUUAAAAAGGGUGCAGCCAGCACGGCAGUGUUUGAAGCUUUUCCUGGACUACAUUUGGCCCUUCAUUCCCUGCCAUGGUUUAGGCUAUUACUUUGUUAGUUUUAAUAUUGUCUACGGGUCUCCGUCUUUUACUAGCAGGAGUUCAAAGGUUUUCAUUGACAUUGGACAAGCCUAGCAUCCCAAUUUGGCAUGGUACCAAUCAAUCAACCAACCAUUCCAUUUGUCCAGUGUGGUUUCUAUUACAGUAGCCUAUCGACAUUGAAUUUGCAAAUGUUACCAAUUUGGAUAGGUUUCAUAUUGAGGGCAAAAAAACUAAAACAGUUUUGAACCCCGGAUAACCUCUUUUUACUAACCCUGGCAAUGAAAUUCAAAAGGCUUCUCUGUUUUGCUUUCGAUGUUGACUUGUUUUAUGCAUUGUCGUCUUUGUGUUUCUUUCCCAUGGUUUUAGUUCAUUCAAUUUGUCACUGCCAUACAUACUAUACUGUAAGUUGUUAGUGAAACUGUUUCAGAAAAUUUCUGUCAAAGUUUCGAUUUACGUUUAGGCCUAGGUAUGAUGUAAUGGUUUGCUAUACCACUAGAAACUAUUUUGUAUGAUGCAUUGGCAUUUCUUGCUUGCAUUUUCAUUGGUAUUUGUCUGUGACAAUUUGUUUUACUCUCCUUUCUCUCCCUCUCA